AUGAGCCCUGACCUCUACCCUCACAAGUUCGAGGCCUCGAUACCGCUUCCGCAUCAUAUUGAAAAGCAUGGUCCUAAGGGCAGCUUCAAGCUCGGGGAGAAGAGCGCGAAGGCAUCGUUGAAUGCCUUGAGGGACUUAUCUGCAACUUUCGUGUAUCUCCACGGCGAGGACGAGAAGGUCCAAACCUGGAGAGCCAGAAUACCUCGGUACCGCAAGCUCUACCCGGACCUCGUUUUCACGAGGAUACGAGGCUCAGCUUCAAGCUUCAAUGCCCGCCAUCACAUCGUCAACUAUGUUCGUCGGUUCUUCGACAACCUCAGCUUCCCCGAGGUCGAGAUGCCGAUGAUUUCCGGCAGAACGACUACGAAGCGGUUCACCACGAUCUCGACCCUCGCUAUCAAUCGUGUGUUCCGUAGCAAAGGCGUCGACCUGACGCACGACCCCGAGCUCUCGAUCUGCGAGUUCCAAAUGGUGUAUGCGGACUGCGACAUCACUGGGAGCCUGGCCGAGGGUAUUGCAACGAAGGAUCUCACUGGUGGGAAGACGAUGCCGAAAUUCCAUCCCGAGAGCAGAGGCAGCGAGAAGGCGUUUGAGCUGAGCUUCAGGCAGCCAUGGGCGCGAUCACGACAGUAG